CGCGACAUCUCGAUAGCGGCAUUGUUGCUCUCUGCUCGCGGUCGUCGUUUGUCCGUCCGCCCGCAGCAACUCUGAACCAACACACGAUCGGAAAGAUGCUGAGUUUAGUUUCCGCUUGAUUCCGUUUUCAUCUUGUAUGUUCAACACUCAGUAUUUCUGUCCUUAGUUCAGGCACGUCGCUAGCGUAAAGCUAAAAAAUGAAUUCCAGCACGCACGUCAUCCAGGUGACUAAUGUCUCCCCGAGCACCACGUCCGAGCAGAUGAGGACUCUGUUUGGAUUCCUCGGAAACAUAGAAGAGCUCAAGCUGUUUCCACCCGAUGACUCUCCCUUGCCUGUGACUUCACGUGUCUGUUUUGUAAAGUUCCUUGAGUCUGAGUCGGUUGGAGUUUCCCAACACCUGACGAACACCGUCUUCGUGGACAGAGCCUUGAUCGUGGUCCCUUUUGCUGAAGUGGACAAGUCAUUUGCAGAGAGCCCCUUCCUUGCUGGCUGAAAGUGGUCCUCUGCUGCCAUCAGGAGAUUAGAAAAAAUUAUGGCACCUGGCUUGCAAGCCCCCCUUCUCUUGUUCUGCAGUAAAAUAUUAACUCUUCAUUUGUUUUCUCUCUGUUCAAGGCAUUGGUUUUUUUUGUUUUUUUAGAAACUAGCCACACAACUCUUAAGCCAAAUGAGGUGGUUUAGGAGAGAGCGUGCAGGGCUCUCUCAAUUCCUCACAUGUUUAAAGGAUUUCAUAAAUUUAUGAAGUACAAUGUUUGUUGAUUAGUAGCCACGCACCGAAUGAGGGAUGCCCCGAGCAGAUGUGCUCAAACCGCUUCACGGCCUGGGUCUGGCGACGCUGGGCUACCAAGGCCUAGCAGUUUUUUUUAAACAGUUGGUGUCCUCUUAAAAUUAAGCCACUUCUGAUCCUCUGUUUAUAUUUUCGGACUCUGGGCAUGCCCGUUGCAAAGUGAGUUGUGCCUGGGAAAUUUAACGUUAAUGACUCGUAGUGUUAACACUAAAGCCCCGUUUCCACCAAGCGGUUCAGUCCGGUUCGUCUCGGUAUGGCACGCAUUUUGUGGCGUUGCCAUUGACUAAAACCGGGACAGGUUCCCAAAUUACUGAGAUGAACCGUCCCACUUUUUGGUACCUUUCUGAUGGGGUGCCAGACAUACCAAUCUGACCCCAGAAGGUGGAGCUAGAAACACUGCAGUCCGUUGAUUGGUUGAAAGAAUUGUCACUUCCUGUGCGGCAGUGGUAAUAAAGAAUAACACAUAACCCCGCCAUGCUUAAAUCUCCAGUGGACUUCGCAAGAUAACUUUUUUUGUUGGAAAAUGGCGCCAAGAAACAGCGUUCCAUGGUCGACCGAGGAGGUGCAGACUUUCCUCACAUUUUUCGUUGCAUUUAUUAGCAGGGUACACUGUGUCGGGCUGCCAUGACAUCACGCUGUUACGUAGCUGAUCAGCAUCCAGCUUACAUGCCGCCCACCAAGUAGGGCACAGUUGGCUGUGGAAACGCAAACCGGAUCAGGCGUUACCGACCUGUACCAAACUGUAUUGAUCCAUACCAGACCGCUUGGUGGAAACGAGCCAUAACAACAUGCAAGAGAGACAACACUUAAGAUCUCUUCACCUUUAUCAACAUAUCAGUAUUUUAAACUUGUACUCUUUAUUUUGCAUUGCAUACACACGGUUAAUUCUUCUCCACAACAGAUCCACACUGACAUUCUUUUUGACUUUGGUAUUUUGUGCAUCAGUGUAGGACUCAAUUAAAGACCCUGCGCUUACACACUGGUGUUUUCGGUUAGUGGCUGAUUAAACUUAUUUCGUCUCACAUAGGGCGAGGCUGCAGUGGGAGUUUGCUUAUGUCACUACACUCCAGGUUUAGGUUGCCUCACCCUUAACAGGUGCUACAGAUCACAGCGGCAGACUUCUGUGUUAGUUAGAGAAAGUAAUCUGAGUUUAGAGGUUUAAUCAGCCAAAUACAUGAAAACACUUGCAUGGUUGUACUGUGGCUAAUUCGGGUCUGGCUUUGUGACUUUAGACAGAGCUGUUCACUGCAAAUACAAAGGUUUUUGGAUUUAAUGUUAGUAUGGAGUGUGCUUUGCUGAAGUGCGAAAUAUAAAUACAGGAUCAGGGCUUAGAUCGGGAGAAACCUGUUCGGGACAUCCCUACACCAAGCACAGAGCAUGCAAGAUAGAUGAACUAAUCAGCUGUGCAUGCUAGAGUAGAUGUGAAGGUGUGUGCCAUCAUCUACAGUUUCACUAAGCAGAUGUGGUGGAAGCUAAUUAGCAUAUCAUUUGGUCAUUAAUCAUGAUUAGCACAAACUGCCUUUGGCAUUGACUGCUUCAUGUGCCAGAGCCUUGUCUUAUUUACACUGUGCGUCUUUAUUUCCAAAUUGUCACUAACACACAACAGAUACAGUAGUUUUAAGCCUCUGCUUGCUGUUGCAGUAAAAAUGUUUUUUGAUUGACCCUCUCCACACAUGACUCUGAAAGAGUUGAGUGACUCUCACGUUUAACAGUGGUGUUUCUUUUGUUGUUGUGUUUUACAGUUCUUUUUCCUGGUUCAGCCAGCCCUAUAUACCAGGCCCUGCUGAAAAUGCCACCAACAGUUUUGUCUUCUGCAGCCUUAUCCUGUUUCUCAAGUGUCCUUUCUGUUGUGUGUGUGUGUGUGUGCGCGCAUGUGUGUGUGUCUCUCUCCCCCUCUCUCUCUCUCUCCCCCCUUUUUUUUUAAAAAAAAAAAUGUCAUAUGUGAGAUUACAGAAUUAGCCUGUUUUCAGAUUGCACACCCAUGGAUGAUCAUCUCCAUAUGAUUUUCCCUUUGAUUAUACUGUUUGGUUUUUCUUCAGCUUUGGGCACAUUGGUCAUGACGUUAUCACAAAUGUUGCUUGCUGUAGCCUUUAACUGUUAAGUUCAGUUUAUCUUUGACAUUGUUUAGUGAUAAACUGUUGGGUAAACCUAGCAAUGCAGUAGUUUCUAGCAGUGUGGUUGCAAAGUAAGUAAUUUUAUUGUGGUGGGAUUGUGCAGAGUAAACACCAACAAAAGCCCAGAAAAGGUAAUAUGACCAGACCUUUUCUGUUGUUAAGUUUUUUUGUAUUGGUAAUGGUAAGUGAUGUUGAAAUGUACCCAUGUGUCUACACCCAAAUCAUGAACUUGUUUUCUGUAUCUCAAUGUUUUUGUGUGCUUUAUAGCGAAGCAGCCGGCGCGAGUCGCUUGUUCAUAAAACAUCUAAUGAAAGUUGAGAGCACAUCCCAUGGGACAACUGGCUGUGCUUGCUUACGUUUGGUUCAUGACUUAAAAAACAAGUACAGGAGUCAUUCCUGAUGAAUCUAAAGCUAUGUCCCUGCUGGCUCCAGCCAAUGCCGUGGCAGGAAUGAUGCCUGGGGGAGGCCUUCUUCCAACUCCCAAUCCUCUGGCAACAAUGGGAGGGACACCUUUUGGAGGUCUCGGGGCUCCCAACAUGGAGCAAAUGGCUGCCAUGGGAAUGCCAGGACCAAACAUGAACCCCCAGGCUCUUUCUGCAGACUUCCUGAAGCUCAUGCAGUCCAUGGACCCAAAAUUGAAUCCAUUAGCGGCCGGACUGAACCUGAAUCCAGGGAUGAAGACUGACGCCUCUAACAAGGAGAUCGAAGAAGCCAUGAAGAGAGUCAGAGAGGCUCAGUCCCUUAUUUCUGCAGCCAUUGAACCAGGAAAUAAGAAAGAUGACAAGCGUAAGCAUUCCCGCUCGCGUUCAAGGUCGCGGCGCAGGCGGUCCAGAUCUCGCUCAAGACACAGACGUUCAAGGAGCAGGUCUCGACGGAGGUCCCACUCAAGGAGUAGAAGGAGGUCCAAGAGUCCACGGAGGAGGAGGUCCCACUCCAGGGAAAGAGGCCGCCGCAGUAGAUCAAGGGAAAGGAGAAAGGAGGAAAAGUCGUCUAAGAAAAGGUCUAAGACGCCUCCGAAGAGCUACAGCAGUGCCAGGAGGUCUCGAAGCAUUAGUCGGAGGCACAGGCGAAGCCGCACUGCAUCCCGGUCCCCCAAGAGGAAGUUGUCCAGGUCUCCAUCACCUAGGCGGCACAAGAAGGAGAAAAAGAAGGACAAGGAGCGUGAAAAGGAGCGCGAUAGAGACAGGAGGGAGGACAGGGACCGGAGCAGAGAUGAAAGAGAACGCUCCGCCAGUAAGAAGAAGAGGAGCAAAGACAAGGAACGAGAUCGAGACCGCAAAUCAGAUAGUGAGAAAGGAGACGUUAAGGUGACACGAGAUUAUGAUGAAGAGGAGCAAGGUUAUGACAGUGAAAAAGAAGUAGAAGAGGAUGAUGACGAGAGGAAAAGUGACUCCGACUCUGCCUCAUCCCCGAAAGUUCAAGAAGAGGUGGAGAGAUCUGAGGGCCAAAUCCCUAAAAAGUCCAAGUUGAAUGGAGACGAUCACCACCAGGAAGACAUGGAAAUGAGCGACUAAGAACCAGACCGUGUUAUCUUCUCACUGUACCCUUUUGUAUUUUUAAUAUAGGCCACUACAUGUCUGUGCCUGAUCACUCAAAGUUAAAACGAUUUGUUGUCUUAACUGUAGAAGCAUUUGGGAGGGGUAUAGAAGGAAAAAAAGUCAACUUUUGUAAAAUAAAUACUGUCUAAAAUAUGAAGAAACAAGACAUGAUUUUAAAUUGUCAUUGCUGUACUUUUAUAGGAUCUUGUUUUUCUUUUUUUUGCCUUUGUAUUCAAACAUGUUCCACCUGACAGUAGAAUUCAUAAAAAUGUUGCUGUAAAUAUUUUACUAGUCAGGAUUGAGUCCUUUCCUCCUUCAGACUGUUAGUCACUCGCCACCCAGCACUGACUUCUCCUCUUUUUAUUUUUUGGUAUGCCUGGUAUUUUUGCUUUAACUGUAACACACCCAGUCAUGUUUAAGCAGACUCUCAAUUUACACCCCUAUGUAAGUGUACAAUGUAGAUUGAAAUGUGUUGUUGCAGUGAAAUAUUUUGUCUGCAUUCAGUUUUUCGAAAGGAAACAAAUAAAAUUUGAUCGAAAUGUUUA